AUGGAAAUUGAAUCAGUAAAAUGUGAAUGCUGUGGGUUGAAAGAAGAGUGCAGUGAGGAGUAUAUUAUGCAGGUGAAGGGAGAUUUCAAUGGGAAAUGGCUAUGUGGGUUGUGUUCAGAAGCUGUUAGAGAUGAAUUAAUAGUUGGAAGAAGGAAAAGUAAUAUUAAGCAGUUUGAGAUGUACGAUGCAGUCAAGGCUCACAUGUCUUUCUGUGGAAAGUACAAAUCUAAUCCUGCCAUUAGAGUAGCUGAUGGGAUGAGGAAAAUGCUCAGGAGAAGCUCAGGAAUCCACAACAUGUCUAAAUAUUCCUCUUCUUCCAACAAGUAA